AUGGCCGAAUCAAGAAAACCCUCAGAACUUUCUCUCUCUAUUCUAAAUGGAAGAAAUGGUAGUGAUGAAUUGGGUGCCAAAAAUGCAAUCAAUAUAGAUGAAAGUCUACUGAUCGAUGUAAACGAGCUUGCUAUUGGUCCAAUGAUUAGUGAAGGAGCCCAUUCCAUUGUCUAUGAAGGAUUGUACAAGUCCACACCUGUUGCUAUAAAAGUUAUACAGCCAGCCAACACAUCAACUGUCACUCCUGAAUGCCAAGAAAAAUUUAACAGGGAGGUCUUGAUGCUGUCUAAAGUUAACCACGACCACAUUGUAAAGUUUAUUGGAGCCACUGCAGAACCAGCAAUGAUGAUAAUCACGGAAUUAAUGAGAGGUGGGACGCUCCAGAAGUUCAUGUGGAGUACUCGUCCAAAUUUCCUAGAACUAAACCUUUCCAUAAAGUUUGCAUUGGCAAUAUCUCAAGCAAUGGAGUAUCUACACCAAAAUAGAAUCAUCCACCGCGAUUUAAAGCCUAGCAAUCUACUUCUCACAGAAGAUAAAAUGAAAAUCAAGAUAGCUGACUUUGGUUUAGCUAGGGAGGAGAUCGAAGAUGAAAUGACAACGGAGGCUGGGACAUAUCGAUGGAUGGCUCCUGAGUUGUUCAGCAUAGAAGCUCUUCAAUUGGGAGCAAAGAAGCAUUAUGAUCACAAGGUUGAUGUCUACAGCUUCUCUAUGGUUCUGUGGGAGCUGCUUACCAACAGCACACCCUUCAAAGGCAGUAACAAUAUCAUGGUGGCAUAUGCUGCAGCGAUGAACCGAAGGCCCAGCACUGAAAACAUUCCUGCAGAAAUUGUGCCUCUCAUACAGUCUUGUUGGGCAGAAAAUCCAGAAGAUCGACCAGAGUUCCACCAAAUCACCGUUUUUCUGAAAAACUACCUCCACCAUCUCUCCCAAUUGGACGGCACAUCAGUAAUAUCACCAACUUUGUUGGAGGCAGAAUCUUCAAGAAGCAAAGAAGAGACUGAAGAUUCUCCACCCACAGACUUCUUGAUGUCCAGAGUCAUCAAAAACACUUGGUUGCCUCGUCAUGCCUAUCCAUUCACUUUCGGCUACCUGGAUACCGCUUUCUCCCUCAACGUGUCACCUUCCAAAACCCUACCCCCUAACCCCCACCCCCAUCCCCAAGCCACCACAAUUUACCUUGUUAGAAUUGCCGGAGAUACAAAGCCCCAGGGAUUUUUCGGUUUGAUUUGUUGUAGAAUUGACCUAAGGUUUCUUCUGACCGUCAGAUCUGUGGGAGGGGUUUUUGUGUUUUUUUGGCUUUAUAUUGGUAAGAAACCUCGUCCGUCCCGCUUGGACUCCUUACGUUCCAGCUCACUCUCUUUUCAGACCUGGUGCCUAUCUUUUAAUUGA